GUUUAACUAUUUUGUGGGAAUAUUUGACAUAACUAGGUCAUUUAAGUAGUGAUUUUUGAAUAAGUCACACGGUGACUUUGAGUGUCCAUCUAUCUAGUGAACAUUAUUAACGCAUGACUCCUUGAUGUCGUCGAAGGUUAAAGUUUUUACUCUUGAGGAUGUCCGGAAACACAAUAAACCAGAUGAUCUUUGGAUUGUGAUUCACGAUAAGGUAUACGACUUGACAAAGUUCGCGUCUGAGCAUCCAGGGGGUGAAACUGUAUUAGAACAACAAGCGGGAGAUUAUGGUACUGAACCAUUUGAAGAUGUAGGACACUCAUCAGAUGCUCGUGAAAUUAUGGAGCAGUACUAUAUAGGUGAUAUAGCACCUGCCGAUCGUGAACGAAAAAGUAAAUUCACCUCUUCAUUCACACUAAAGAAAGUAGAUAAUUUUAGAUUUAUUGUAAAGAAUAUUUCUGAAGCAUUCCUUAAUGAUCUAUGAUCCAACGACUGUGUGUUGUACUGUAUUUACUCAAACUUACGUCACCUAUGGCGAAGGCGAGAUAUCCGUCUAUCAAUUAAGGGACGAGUAUACUGCGCGGCAGUUCGUUCCGUUCUACUAUACGGCUGCGAAACAUGGCCUUUAAGAGUAGAAGAUACUCGUAAGUUACUAGUAUUUGACCACAGAUGCCUUAGAAAUAUUGCUGGUAUCUGCUGGUAUCACCGGGUAAGUAGACGCAGGGUAUUAGGGAAUGGUGGUAAAUCAGUUGAUGAGGUUAUGAGUCUUCAUCGACUGAGAUGGUUGGGCCACGUGUUGCGUAUGCCUGAACACCGAUGACCACGACGCGCAAUGCUAACCGGUGUUAGGGAUAAUUGGAAGAAAGUUAGGGGCGGCCAAACCAAAACGUGGCAUCAGUGCUUGAAGUCACUAACUUCUAGUCUGAGCCAUGUUGGUAGAUGCAGACUAUCUGGUUGGGGUCCGUGUGACUAUCGUAACCAAUGGUUGGAGACUCUUGGUGACAUGGCUCAGAAUCGAUCACAAUGGCGUCGGUGUAUACACUCUGUCUUCCUUUAAACUAAGAGAUUAAAAUCGCUUCAUAUCUUUCUUUCUACGAACUAAUUCUUUCUUCCUGUACUAUCUCCUUAUAUGUAACCUUUUUCUUAUAUAUCACCACCACUGGAUUAACUACUUCUAUGAAUCCGGUGUUCAUCUUGUUGUGCUAACAAGGUAUGGCAACUUGGACCGAUACGUAUAUGUGCCUGGUCCUACGUUGCAGCUGACUGACUGACUAUUCGGAAGAUUUUAAUGCCUCUUAUGUAUUACCUGUAGUUCACUUAUAUUUUAGAAUUAUUGAUUAAUAAAAAAUUAGUUUAGCGCUUAUCACGAUAUAAAUGUUACUAUAAAUCGUUGUUACCACUAUCUUUGAUUAGUCAUAACAAUUUAUAAGGCAUAAUCUCUUGUUUCAACCAAUUAGUCAGUUAUUAACAAUUUAGAGUUUGGGUCAAAUGUGCAUUGGUUCCAGUUACCAUACCAUUUUAGCACAACAAGGUGAAAUGAACAAGUUAAAUACCAAAAGUAAUCGAAAUAAUGUGAUAUCAGUGAUAAUGAUAAUGUGAAAAUGCUUCAAAAAAGUAUGUGCGAAGAAAUAACGAUAUCCAAGCUCGAUGGAAAGGUGAAGAGUAAACCCAUCAGCAAAUUAUUCCGUCGUUUACUUCAUGAGUAUUUACAGUCCAUAUCUCAACUACGAUAUGCAUUUCUUUUACAGUACCGCUAAGCAUAAACCUAGACAAAGUAAGAAUGAGUGUGAUAUUUAUUAUAUAAUAGUGGUCAAAAUUGUACUUGGCUACCAGAAUCAAAGUUGAUUAAGCCAAUACCUGAAGAGUCAAAUACAAAACCGGUGAAAUUGCAAAAUAAAAAUGAUCGAUUAUUCUUAUACAGUUAUUUAGAUCUAAAAAACACAUUUUGAAGUGUAGUUAAAAAUCAUUUAUGAAAUAGUAAUUUUUAAGCAUAAUCUAGUUGUAUGCGCACUAAACUUCUUUUCAUGUGCCUACCUGUUCAUGUUUCUUCCAAAUAUUCAAUUAUUAAACCAAGUAUAUUUUAAAUUCUAAACAGCUUUUGUUUCUUAACGAAAAUUAAAUGAACCCACAAAUUAGCUUUUAUGUAAUGUAAUGACACAGUAAUUUGAUUGCACUUUUUUACACACAAAAUGUUACAUUGAUAUUCCUCUUUUUUUUGCUUUAUUUCUCUUUAUUACUCAAUAACUGAUUAUGUGUUAGUUUUUUAUUAUUUAUCUUAAUUCUUUUCUUUUGUUUUUCUCACAUUUUAGUUUCACCAGAUGGUCAGGAUUACUUAUUCCAAUCGGUGUUGUAGUAGUAGCAAUCAUUGUGUAUAAAUGUUUCUUAUGAGUAAACUGUUAUCUUUCUGUGUUUCUAUCUACCUGUAUGGCUUUCCUCUGUGUUUCUGUUUACGCACUGUGAUUUUGUCGUAGAUCUUUUCUUCUGUGUAAUAUUGGUUCGUGUAUUUUCUUGUUGGAUUUUUUCCUUUGGUUGAAUAUUUGUUAAUAUGUUUGUCAUAAUAAAUGAAGAGACAAUCAACAGUUUUUUUACAUGUCUGAUGACUUCUCUUUUGUUUUAAAGUUUAUGUGUAUGUAUUGUGUACGAGUACAUGUGCGUGUGACUGGCUGUUUGUUUUAGAUUCGUGCGAAUCUUUGACGUAUUGUGUUCAACAGUUAAAUAAUUUACUUUAGUCUAUGUUCUAACAUUCACGACAGAAGUGUGUCUCAAUGUGACAAUGCAAUGAAUAUUGAUGUUAUUUGAUCUUCUGUACAUAUAUAGAGACAGGCACAAACCUAAAACUAAUUGUUAGUGCAUUUUAUAUAUGUCGGUUUCUGCAUUGAACUAGGGAGCAAAUAAAAUUCAAAUUUGAAGUAAUCUCCGGGAAACUCUAGACCUAAGUUCUAUGCUAGUUAGGACUUGUUAGGAACGAGUACGCUCACUCUUAUGGAAACUGAUUCUCCCUAUCACUCAGCUCUACAGCAAAU